AUGUCCAUCACCCUUUGGCUGCAGCCCCCAGCUCAUCCCACCACCCUCCAGGUGCACAGCCUGCAGGAGCUGCGGCGCAGCGCGUCCCUGGCCACCAAGGUCUUUGUGCAGCGGGAUUACAGUGACGGGACCACCUGUUCACCCUGGUUUCUGCUCUAGAUUGAGCGUCAGCUCUUCGAGGAAACAGUGAAAACCCUUAAUGGCUUCUACGCCGAAGCGGAGAAGAUCGGGGGCAGCUCAUACCUGGAGGGGUGCCUGGCCUGUGCCACUGCCUAUUUCAUCUUCCUCUGCAUGGAGACACACUAUGAGAAGGUCCUGAAGAAGAUCUCCAAGUACAUCCAGGAGCAGAACGAGAAGAUCUAUGCACCGCGGGGGCUGCUGCUCACCGACCCCCUGGAGCGUGGGAUGAGGGUCAUCGAGAUCUCCAUCUACGAGGAUCGGGACUCGUCCUGCCGGGACAGUGGCCUCGCCGAGCUCCGCAGGCUGCACUACCAGAGCACCCGCUUCUGA